GAAUCAUCUUAUGCCCUUUGAAACUUUGAACGUUUUCUCCCGUUAAAUUUCGUUAAAUUUCAGAAGUACUAAUUGCGAACUACUUUUAGGUAGGCGCAAUCAGAUUUAUCUACCUAAGUAAUUACUGCCAAGGAAUAUAUUCGUCCGAUUCGUUUACGGCUUGCUUUGACGUUUAGCGGACUUAAAAAUUGCCCCUCGCUAUAAUUUUGCAGAGGGUCCACGAUUUUAACCCCACCGUCAUCGUCCUGACCAUCCCAACUCGACGUAAAUCCUCAUUAUCUUCAACGAGGAUUUAACAGCAAUUCUACUUAGGUACCUUCUACGAAAAUAGCAUAACAGGAAUAUACAUUGCCUGCCUCAAAGUUACUAGUUCUUUUAUAUCCACACCACCGUCAGGAUGGCGCCCAAGAAGAAGGGAAAUAAGAAGGCGGCCGAUGAUUGGGAGGCAGAUCUAGGAGAGUCGAUCGCACCUACAAAUGGAGACGCCGACGCUGCCCCUGCUGGAGCGCCGGAGGAGAAUAAUGAAGAAGAAGAAGCACCUGUUAGUGGUCUCAUGGCCAUGAUGAAGAAGAACAGAGAAAAGAGAAAGAAGAAGGGAUUGUCUGAGAACUUCAUCGAUGGCGAAAAUGCUCCCGGCGCCGAACCCGCUCCCACAGCCAAAGCACCUGAAGAGGCGACUAUGGAUGAUGAAUUCGCACUACCGGAGAAGAAAGGGAAAGGUGGAAAGCAAAACAAGCAGCAACAGGCUAAAUCCGCAGCAGCUGAUGCAGGCGACGAGGAGACAGGAGAGGGCGGAAGAAUAUUGACUAAAGCCGAGAAGGAGAAGCUUAAAAAAGAGAGGGAGAAGGCAAGAAAGAGGGAACAGGCUUCCAAGAAAAAGACUACGACGCCCGCCCCUCCUCCGAAGGCUGCAGAGCCUGCGAAGCAAGCUGUAGAAGAGAAGAAAGAGGCGCCUGCACCGGCAGCUGAUGCUGGGGGGAAGAAAGGAGGAAAAAAGCUCCCGCCUCAUCUUUUAGCUCUCCAAAAACAGCAAGAGGAAUUAAAACGACAGCGAGAGGAAGCCGAGCGUGCUGCUACAGAAGAGAAAGCUCGAAUACAGGAGUUGGAACGAGAAGAAGUCGAAGCGAACAAGAGAAAAGAAGAAGAGAAGGCUCGCAAGAAGCAAAAAGAAAAGGAGAAGAUUGAGCAACUGAAGAAGGAAGGCAAAUUCCUUACUAAAGCACAAAGAGAAGAGAAGGCUCGAAAUGAGAGGAAACUUCAGCAGAUGAUUGCUGCCGGUAUCAAGGUUGGCCCCUCUGAAGAAGCUGGCGAGGGUAAGAAGAAGGUUGUAUAUGAUAGCAAAAAGCGCGGCAAGAAGGCAGACCAAAAGGUCGACGAAGAGAAAGCCUUAGCAGAAGCGGCUGAGAGGGCAAAACAGCAAGCUGAAGCUGCGGCUAAGGCAGCCGAAGAAAAAGCAGCUAAAGAGGCUGCCAAAGCCGAAGCUGCAGCUAAGGCCGCUAAAGAGGCCGAAGAGAGUGAUGUCGAAGAUGAUUGGGAGGCUGCCGCUGACAAUGUUAAAGAUAGCUGGGACGCCGACUCAGACGAGGAAGCUGAGGCUUCUGCCGUAAAAUCCGGACCAGGUAAAGAUCUACCAUCAAGACCUAAGCCCGGGUCAGACGAAUCAGAAUCGGAGGAGGAAUCCUCCGAGGAUGAAGAACGGACGGCAAGGCAGGCGGCAGAAGCUCAACGAAAGAAGGAGGCUGCCGAUCGACGUGAAAAGGCCCACCAAGCCGCCCUCGCCGCUAGAUCGAAAGAUAAUCUCCGUUCACCCAUUUGCUGUAUUUUGGGACACGUCGAUACGGGUAAGACAAAACUGCUGGACAAGAUCAGACAGACCAACGUCCAGGAAGGCGAAGCUGGUGGUAUUACGCAACAGAUUGGUGCAACGUAUUUCCCCGUCGAUGCCAUUAAGCAGAAGACAGCCGUUGUCAAUCCAGAUGGUCAAUUCGAGUUCAAGGUUCCAGGUCUUUUGAUCAUAGAUACACCCGGUCACGAGUCUUUCUCCAAUCUCCGAUCCAGAGGUUCGUCGCUCUGUAACAUCGCCAUCUUGGUCGUCGAUAUUAUGCAUGGCCUCGAGCCUCAGACUCUCGAGUCGAUGAAGUUACUCCGAGACCGCAAGACUCCUUUUAUUGUUGCCCUCAACAAAAUAGAUCGUCUAUACGGUUGGAAGAAGGUUGAUAAUAAUGGUUUCCAAGAGAGUUUGGCUCUCCAGAACAAGGGUGUCCAGAACGAAUUCAGGAAUCGCUUAGAGCAGACGAAGCUUGCAUUUUCCGAGCAAGGUUUCAAUGCUGAGCUCUACUACGAGAACAAAUCGAUGGCCAGAUAUGUGUCACUUGUACCCACCUCUGCCCACACCGGCGAGGGUAUCCCUGAUAUGUUGAAGCUCAUCAUCCAACUUACACAAGAGAGGAUGGUGGGAUCCUUGAUGUAUCUUUCCGAGGUUCAGGCUACCGUACUUGAGGUCAAGGCCAUUGAAGGUUUCGGUAUGACCAUCGAUGUCAUUCUAUCCAAUGGUAUCCUCCGAGAAGGCGAUCGAAUAGUUGUAUGUGGUGUGGAGGGUGCUAUUACUACAAACAUCCGUGCACUUCUGACGCCGGCUAUCAUGAAAGAAUUGCGGGUAAAAUCUCAAUAUGUACACAACAAAGAGGUCAAAGCCGCUAUGGGUGUGAAGAUCAGCGCGCCUGGUCUUGAAGGAGCCAUCGCUGGAUCUCGAUUGCUCGUGGUUGGGCCUGACGAUGACGAAGAAGAUCUGGAGGAAGAGGUCGAAUCAGAUCUUAACAAGCUCUUUAGCCGUGUUGCUACGACUGGCCGCGGUGUUAGUGUGCAAGCUUCGACAUUGGGUUCCCUCGAAGCUCUGCUUGACUUCUUGAAGGACUGCAAGAUCCCUGUAGCAAACGUUGGAAUCGGCCCUGUGUUCAAGCGAGACGUUGUUCAAUGCGCGACUAUGCUCGAAAAGAGCCCCGACUACGCGGUCAUGCUUUGCUUCGAUGUGAAAAUCGAUAAGGAAGCGCAAGCGCACGCCGACGAGAACGGAAUUAAGGUAUUCACAGCUGAUAUCAUCUAUCACCUUUUCGAUGCAUUCACGAAGCAUAUGGAAGAGCAGCUGGAGAAGAAGAAGGAAGAAUCUAAGAUGCUGGCGGUAUUCCCUUGCGUCCUCAACACCGUUGCCGUCUUCAACAAGACAGGUCCUAUCGUUGUUGGUGUUGAUGUGGUUGAUGGCAAUCUUAGGGUGAAUACCCCGAUUGCGGCCGUUAAACAGAAUCCUACAACCGGCCUCAAGGAGAUCAUCCAAUUAGGAAGAGUAACAUCAAUCGAGCGAGACCACAAGCAAAUCCCGGUUUGUAAGAAGGGUCAACCUUCGGUGGCCAUCAAGGUUGAAAUGGGUGGUCAUCAGCCUACGUAUGGACGACAACUCGAAGAAAAGGAUGUGCUGUAUAGUUUGAUUUCUAGGGCCAGCAUCGACACGCUAAAGGAAUUCUACCGAAAAGAAGUGACCAACGAGGAGUGGCAACUCAUCAUCAAGCUCAAGCCGUUAUUCGAUAUCAACUAAAGAGAAUGAACUGGAUAGUAUGGUUGAUGAGGGCACGGCAUCAGAUCGGCUUUUGUAUUUAACAAGAAUAGCUACCACUAAUGGGUAUUGGUAGUAGCAUGGCACUUUUUACCCAUUUCUUUCCUACCUGUACUUUCGCAACGCUGACGUGUAAGGGAGUGGCUACAAAAAUGGAUUUGGCAUGAAUAGGCUUGUUCUUCAUACGAAUUUCGUGUUCUAAAA